GCCGCCGCCGCCGCGAUGGCCCAGCAGCAGAUGACCAGCUCGCAAAAAGCCUUGAUGCUUGAGCUGAAAUCCUUGCAGGAGGAACCAGUGGAGGGCUUCCGGAUCACCCUGGUGGAUGAGUCCGACCUCUACAACUGGGAGGUGGCCAUCUUCGGACCCCCUAACACCCUCUACGAAGGCGGCUACUUCAAGGGAGCCAGGGAGGAUCAGAUUGAGUGGGCACAAUCUGUUCAGUAUGUCAUCAUGCAAGAAGAGGGCCAAGGGCUCUGAGGCCGAGAGAGACACGUUCGCCUGGUACCAGGACUUGAAGAAAAACCAGAAGGCAAGGAGAGGGACUGCUGGAGAAAGGAAGCCUUGCAUCCAGGGGUGGUCAGAGGCGGAACCUCCAGAGACCCAACUGUUGGUAUUGAAUGGAAGGCAGAGCCAUCAGCGAACAAGAAAGCACUUUUGUUGUAGGUUGACGGUGGAGCAGGCACAUAUUAAAUUUCCUAUUGACUACCCAUAUUCACCACCUACCUUCAGAUUCUUGACCAAAAUGUGGCACCCCAACAUUUAUGAGAAUGGAGAUGUAUGCAUUUCAAUUCUUCAUCCGCCUGUAGAUGACCCACAAAGUGGAGAACUGCCCUCUGAAAGGUGGAAUCCCACUCAGAAUGUGAGGACUAUCCUGUUAAGUGUAAUCUCACUGCUUAAUGAGCCCAACACCUUUUCUCCAGCCAACGUGGAUGCUUCAGUUAUGUUCAGGAAAUGGAGGGACAGUAAAGGAAAAGACAAGGAGUAUGCUGAGAUCAUCAGGAAACAGGUCUCGGCCACUAAGGCUGAAGCAGAAAAGGAUGGAGUGAAGGUCCCCACAACCCUGGCAGAAUACUGCAUCAAAACUAAAGUGCCUUCCAAUGACAACAGCUCAGAUCUGCUGUAUGACGACUUGUAUGAUGACGACAUUGAUGAUGAAGACGAGGAGGAAGAGGACGCCGACUGUUAUGAUGAUGAUGAUUCUGGGAACGAAGAGUCGUGACAUGUUCCUUCAGUGCCCCUGUACUGCCCUGACGUCUCAGGCCAAAGGGAGGGGAGCAAGUGGGGAUCUAUGGUGGCCCCUCAGCAAAAACUUACUCAUGGGGUGGGGAAACACACAGCUCCUGCUGACUCCCUGCGGAUCUCAGUUUGCUCCUUUUUAUGGACCUUUACUGGAGAGAAAGUACCCUCCACAGAAUGUCUGAAUUCUUGCAUUCUUUACCCUUCCAUCACUGUAUUGAUUCUUUUUAAAGAAAAAAAAAAGCCACCACCCUUCAAACUCCCACCUCACUUCAUCUCUGCAGAAUGUUCACAGCAAAACACGUUUGUCUGUUUUUAGAUUCUUGAAGAAUUAGUCUGUUUAAGACAUGAUGUGUUUAAAGCUGGGAGCUCACUGGGCGUCCACGAGUGCUGCAUAUAUUGGGUAGCAAAAGAAAAUGGGGAAAAAAACACAAAACCAAAAAAAAAACAAAAAAACCCACAAAACAAACUUAAAAAAAAAAGCCAAUUUGCCAAGCAAGGUUUAGCUGCUCCUUUCCAGUAGUGCGUGUGCAUUUGUUCAGCCCGUGGUGGUGAACUUUGUUUCUUUCCCUUCCUAAGGCUGGGAUGCAGUGGGCAUCAGGGACUUACUCUUGCUAAUCCUGAUGAAGUGUGCUGCUUCUGCCUCUAUGACAUCACCCCAACAUGGAGGCUACAGCUACUCUUGAGAGAAAUCAGAUUUUGUUUUUUUGGAAUUGAUUGGGAUCUAAAGCCUGAAAUAAAUAUUCAUACUUUACAUAGAA